AUGACCUCUUCCUCUCAGUCGCAGGGGCUAGAGUCGGAACCUGGCGCCUCGUCGGCCGUCGUCGCCACCGCCACCGACACGCUCGCGCCGGCGUUCGACCUGUCCAUCACGAACGUGGACAAACGCUUCCCGAAUGUACGGACGCACAUGAACGCCACGAUCCCUUGGUACAACUCGCAGGGCGAGCGCAACUUCGCCCGCCACAUGGGGGUCAACGACCGCGAGCAGAAGGAGAACCUCAGCACACAGAUCAAGACCAUCUUGUCGUUUGGGCUCGCCAAUGAUGCCCGGGGCGUGCCCACGUGCCAGCUCAGCGAGGGGGACGUCCCUCCAUAUCGUUUGUUUUCACGGGCUCACCUGGCUACCGCGUUCUAUAUGUGCUGCGACAAUCCGAAGUGGAGGGCGAACGAAAACGCGCAGGCCGCUUUGGCUAAAGGCCUCACCCGCGUGCAAGUAUAUCAGUGCCGUGCGCCUGACGAUGCCCUCGUAUGGAUGAAAGAUUUCCUCAACUUCGACUUUAACCAGAAAGCCGGCAUCAAUUUUGUGGAAACAAUCGAAUGGGGCCGCAAAAUCAACGCCGAGCUGGCCGCCUACGAGCAUCUCAACCCAGGGUGGGCCACUGGCAGCGACGAGAGUCGGCGCCAGAAGGUCUGGCAGUGGAUCAAGGACAACUACAAGGAUCAGGCGAAGCAGGGCAUCAUCCCAUCAAACAACCUGUACGAGCUGGUGAGGUACAUCGCCGAGAGGUUCAACGAGAUCGACGCCGCUGAUCCCGGCAAAGACUCGUGGGCUAUCUUCCGAAAGCAUAUGCUGGAUUGCUGCGUGUUCGGGGAUGGCAGGAUCAAGAACUACACCGUGCUCGAGUGCCUGAAGGCUGUCCUCUCAACGUUUUGCGGCAUGCUCAAUAACAAGCCUGUCACGGUGAAUGCCACCCCGAAGCUCAUCCGCAUGAUGAUGGAAGAGUGCGUCAAGUUCUUGGUGCCGACGGUCAGCGACAACAUCGAGGACAGCGUCGAGGACAACGGCAUUUCUGUGGUCUUGGACAAGAACGCUUCGCGUGUGUCAUGGCAUUUGAUCAAGCUGUCGAAGACGUCGGCCGCACUCAAGAGCAUGUUCGUGGACAUCUCGAGCGGGAAGUUCUACAAAGCUACUCAGAAGUCGAUCGACAAGUUGCGCGAGCUUAAGCUGGCGUCGGACAAGACCGAUGAUAAGUCUAAGACCGAUGAGAAGCCUGAGUCUAAGCCCGAUGAGAAAUCUAAGCGUCGCAGGAUCUUGAGGAAGACUCCUUCGCAGGAAGAGGCGGAGAAGAGACGGCGGGAGGCUGACCGCAACAAGGACCUGCAGAAGAUUGCGGUGGGCGCGGCGCCCGGGGCCGCCGCCGAGGGCGAGGAGGGCCAGCAGAACAAGGGCCAGCAGAGCGAGGGCAAGCAGAACGACGUCAAGCAGGAGGGCAAGGAUGAUGGCAAUGACAAGGCGUCGGACAAGGACAAGGACAAGGGCAAGACUCGCCGCGCUGGUAAGGCCGCUGCAGCUGGGGGCGCCGUGGAGAUCAAGCACAUGGAGGCCGUGCGGAGGUUGUGCUUGUGCAAGGAGAAUGGGGAGACGAUCAUCCCUUGGAUCGAGGACGCCAUCCUGGCGCACAACGCGUGCGUGGCCGAGGCCCUCGGCAGCAAGGGCAUCACUGCUGCCAUGCGCGCUGCCUCGGACACCGCCGUGGACGAGGUAGUUUUCGGCGGCACCUCCAAGGACUCCAAGAAGACGCUCGCGGGCUGGAACGCGGUCCGAGGCGACGUCAAAAAGAUGGUGGUGGACAGGAUCAGGAAACGCUGCUUGCAGCUCGAUGGGGAAGACGACGACGCCAUGGGCGGCGACGAGUAUGAUGAUACCCCACAGACUGCUAUGGAGGCGAGCAUCGCGAAGGCGUUUGGGAAUAUGACUCUUGUUGCCGCGUUGCGGGAGUUCAUCUCAUCAAAUCCGUAUGACACGCCCGUGACGUUCCUGCCAGUCUACAUGGAUGUAUCUCAGCGGGCCUGGAAGUUCUUCGAGGCUGAGAUGAAGGACGAUCUCUACAGGAAGUCCGACGCUGCUGUCAAGGUGGUGCUGUCUAGCAUCGUCGGCUGGGUCUUUCAGGCCAUCGCCGCAGCAGAGCUGGUAUCGCUGGAGGACGAGACCAUGGGCCCCAUCCAGAAGAUUGGCUUCGUGUGGGCGGACCCCGAAGCUUACCCCAACUUCAAGGUCCCAGAGGUGGUGGAUGACAUCUUCGAGAGCGUGAACGCCGUGCAGGGAUUCAUGUGCCUCCGCUCCAAGAUCGUGGCAGAGGUCGCGUGCUCUUUGCUGGCCAGGACCAAGACCAAAGUUACGUGGGCGACAGAGGAAGGCGUGGUGCUCAAGAUAGAGGCAGUGGACGGCGUGAUGAGCGCGCUGAGGUACGAACCCCAGAGAGAUUUGAGCAUGUCUGAGGUUCAAGUGCUGGACUUGCGCACGGUGGGGCACGGUCGGAAAGUUUGGGAAUCUGCGUGGGUCAGGAUGCUGAGUUCGAUCGCGCCCCUGGCCAUCGAUGAUCACGCCAAGGCGACGCUGAGGCCGCAGCAGCUCGACUUGUCCGUAGUGUGCGCCACCGCGCAGACCGUUCUCGGCAUCCAGGAGGCCAGCAAGGCGGCCCAGGACGAGUUCGAGAAGCAAAUUGCCGAGUUGGAGUCGGCCGCGCCUGGCGGCGAGGCCGUGGUGACCGCCGCGGCAAGCUUGGUGCCAGAGCUGCGCCCGGCAGAGGAGCAGCGCGAUCCAACGCUGCAUCUGGGCACGCUGGCAGAGGUGAUGAGCCACCAGAGGACCGCCGAUACGGGUGGCCCGAAGGGGGCAGAGCUGAGGACAACUCUGGGGAUUGACCACGCCAGCUUGACCACGCAGUGCAUCAUCAAGUUGCCAGAGCACGAGAUCACCGCUGCCUUCGUGAAGCAGCUGUCCGUGCACUUGGAGUCGGAGUUCCUGAACUUAGUGUUCCAGCCAGAGGAUGAUCUCUUCGAGAGCGUUACUGUCGAUGUGACGCCGCCUGCGGGUUCUGGUGCUGGGUCUAAGCCCGCAGUGAAGCUGCUCUCCAACAAGAAGCUCACGGAGUCUUUCAAGAUGUACUUUGCUGGCCACGUUGGGCCUGCCAGGGGCAAGACGGCCGCGUUCCAUAUCACCACGAUCGCUGGGAUUACGCCUAACGGGAAGGACGAGAGUCACAUUCAGGUCCCAUUGUUCCUGAACUUCGACCCCGUUGAGCACAGCAUUACGGGCAGCUGCCCUAUCCCCGCUUGGAUGGUCGAGAGGCUCGAGACCAACGUCGACGCCAACAAGACUGGUCGUGGCAAGAAGCGGACUGCUCAGCAGACUCCCCCGGGGCCAGAUGAUGCAAAGCCGCCCGAGGAGCUCCCGACUUUGGCAGUGGGCAUGGAAGUCGUGCAGUUCGAGCUCCCCGAGCUUCUGGCCGUGAGCGCGGCCGACGGCGAGGAGGCAGUGUCGACCAUCGACGCGAGGUGCCCCGUGCUCGAGCCGACUGCGCAUGGAUUGGGUCAAGGUACUGAGCAGGCGCCCGUCAAGCUGAGCAGGCGCUGGGCCGCAAAUGAGAAGGUGGUCAACAACAAGGGCGAGAAAGGCAACGGCAAGGGCACCUCCAAGGGCAAGGGCAGGUCGGACAAGUCGGAUAUGAUUGACCUCGGGCUCGGCAUGGGUGCCAAGUACGAGGACGCGUGCUCGGCGGCGAACGGCCCGGCGAACGGUGACGGGGGCGACGCCGGCAGGGCGGCCGAGGGGGCCGCUGCGGCGACGCUCGCCGCUCUCAGGUCCAAGGUGCUCGAGGGCACCCCCAAGAGUGCCUACGCGCACCUGCUGGAGUAG